GAGGCGGGAGCGGAGGACCGGCGCCUUCUCCUUGCUUCUUGGGGUCGUGGCCUUGCUCCCGCCGUGCGAGGAAAAGGUUCGGGCGUGUCCACGCGCGUGUGUGCGCGUGGGGCCUGAAGUGCUCGUGCGUCCGGGCUAGGUCUCUGCGGGGGGCUGAAGCAGGAGCCAUGGGCGGGACCUCCAGCACCCGCCGGGUCACCUUCGAGGCAGACGAGAAUGAGAACAUCACCGUGGUGAAGGGCAUCCGGCUUUCGGAAAAUGUGAUUGAUCGCAUGAAGGAAACCUCCCCAUCUGGUUCGAAGUCUCAGCGGCAUUCUGUUUCUGAUGAAGAACUGAAGAGAAGAGUGGCUGAAGAGCUGGCAUUGGAGCAAGCCAGGAAAGAGUCUGAAAACCAGAAACGACUAAAGCAAGGCAAAGAACUAGAACGAGAGAGGGCUUUUGCUAAUGAGCAGUUAACCAGAGCUAUUCUUCGAGAGCGGAUAUCAAGUGAAGAAGAACGAGCCAAGGCAAAGCACCUGGACAUUGAAGACAAAGCUAAGCAGCUGGAAGAGAAAGAUCGAGUGAUAAAGAAGCAGGAUGCAUUCUACAAAGAACAGCUGGCUAGACUGGAGGAGAGGAGCUCAGAGUUCUACAAAGUCACCACUGAACAGUAUCAGAAAGCAGCUGAAGAGGUGGAAGCAAAGUUCAAGCGGUAUGAAUUUCAUCCUGUCUGUGCUGAUCUGCAGGCCAAAAUUCUCCAGUGUUACCGCCAGAACACCCAGCAGACCCUCAGCUGCUCCGCUCUGGCUGACCAGUACAUGCGCUGUGUCAAUCAGGCCAAACAGAUCAAGCCACAAGAGGAUAAAUGAGAGACUAUGAUACUGGGACAUGGUCUGAUCUGACUCUUGCAUCAGCAUGCUUGAAAAAGGAGGAUAAAGUCAACUUUUAGAAGAAGCAGAACUCCUCAACGUUAAUUCCAGAGGCGGAACAUUUUUUUUUUCCUAGUAAGAAAGUAACCCAUUUAAGGAGAAGACGAUUAAAGAGAAGCACCAAAGAGCAGAUGCAGCCGAAGCGUAUCCCAGUUUGAUCAGCUGCAGUUUGAAAAGCCAAGGCCUAGAUCAGGUAUCAGCCAGCAAGGACACACUGCAGUGUUAGUCAGCCCUGUUCACGAUGAUUAAAAGAGAAAGGCAGCCCUCUCCACCUAUCUGACUUUCUAUUCAACUUUCUCUUCUCACCAAGCUCCAGGGUUGGGUGAAUCUUCAUUCCAGCAGAGCUGGGGUUGGGGGUUGGCAUGGGGGCUAAGGUAAUUGGAACGGGGUUGGGGAGAGGGCACCAAACCUCCCAUUUCAGCCCAGCAGGGCUCAGUGCAGUCUUCUGGGCUCUGGUGUGUUGAUUUUCACUUUUUUCUUUUCUCCCCUGACUACAUAAGAGCUACUUCAUUUUAACUUAUUAUGGUGAUCAUAUAAGUAAGACAAAAAGGAGAGAAAAAAUGUACCUCUUUUACUGGAAUAAUGUUUAUGAUUACAAGUGAAAUAAGGCAUUUUUUAUCAACAUAAAGGCAACCUUGGCUUAUACAACCUCUUCUCGAUCAUGAAUACUGACAUCUUUACUGCACUCACUAUCAAUAAUAAAUAUAUUUUCCGAAGAAGACUGGCA